AUGCGGGUCCUUCGUUUCGCCUGUCUCUCAGCUAUUUCUAUCGAUUUUUGCCACAGCAAUCACCCGUCAGUCCCGCUGACCAACGCGUUACUCCCCGGAAAGGACAAUAGCGCAUUCGUUCCCCAUUAUAGACACCUGCGGUCCAGAGUUUUGCAAAUAUCUCAGCAACGUUGUGGUUGUAUUUCGCUUAGUACCCUGCCGCGAAAUUAUAGUAGGCAGAAAGCAAAAAGGUAUAACAUUGUAAUACUUGAAACAGUUGAGAGGGCGUUCCCUAAAAGAGUGAUCAACUCCGACCGCUUUAUACUUUGUUCUCCAUCCUUCUUCCGAACAUUGCAUUUUAUUUGCAAAUACGGUGGCUCAUGUUUCACUUGGAAGAAAGCACUAAUUGAAUCACAGUCAACUGGUAUGCUACAGGAAUAUAUUCAUGUCUGGUUGUAUGAGGAGGAAUAUGUACCACCGAAGGUCGAAGUAGUGGAAAAUGAAGAGGCCGAUGCGGUCUUCUCCACUAGAUGUUCGGUCUUCAAACUUGUUGAUAAACAGUACUCAAAAGUGGGAAUUGGAAUGUUGCACCUGAAAGAGGUCGAUGGCAAGAAGAGUGUUUUGGUGCGAGCAGCUACAGCUAUUGGUACGGUGUGGAUCAAUGCUCUCAUGAACAAAGCAAUGAAGGUAUCAAAAGUUGACGAAAAAGGAGAAAAGAUUAGGCUAACUUAUCCAGCAAGUGAGGAAGAGAUAUCUACAUACAUAAUACGGUUUCCAUCGGCUAAAGAAGCAAGUCGGAUUGUUGAGGAUAUCGAGGCUGCUGCUAAAUAG